AUGUUCACUUGGUGGCUUCUCUUGAUUCCGGGCAUCAUCGCAUUUAACGUUCCUUUUAUGAACACUGCACAGGUUACUCAUUCUGGUAAGUUAUCAUCUACGAGCAAAUGCUUUCAACUUUCAAUUCUUCUUUCAUUCUUUUUUCCAAUUUUAGGUCCCUCAACAUCUUCAAAAUUGGCAGAAAACUCAGACGAAGUACAUCGAUCAAAACGUGGAUACUAUUUUUCACAAUUUGAUCAAUACAGUAAUAAUCUCUUGGUUCAACCUCAAGAACCAGAUGAUCUCAUGAAAAAAUGGAUCACUUAUGAGCACAAUCGCUAUCGAAGAAUGGUUCCUGCUACCGAUAUGAACAUGCUGUAUUGGUCAGACGAAUUGGCUGCAAGUGCUCAAAGGCAUGCGAACACUUGCGAUUUUAGACAUUCUAAAGGAAGAGUGAAUGUUGGCGAGAAUAUCUGGGCUGCGCCAUACAGUAAUUAUUCUGAUGCAAUCACGCUUUGGUUUGAUGAGGUGAACAAUCCCCGUUGCGGUUGUAAUCACGCCUACAAGCACUGCUGUGGUCACUAUGUGCAGGUGAGCAAAACCCAAUUCUGCGCUUGGGCUAGAGCAUCUGCAGGACUCUGGGGUCGAGGACAUCGCAAUGUUUUCGUCUGCCACUAUAACCCGCAAGGAAACACGGUAUUCGUCACUGGAUCCGGACAGCUUUAUGCGGUGCCAGCCUUUACGUGGGCCACUGGUGACAAAGGCCGCUGUUCGGAUUGCCCUUCUUCUGCCCCAGCCUGCUUCCAAGGACUUUGCUACAUGCCCAGCGAAGUUCGCGAAACAGAGCAAUCAACGACACCAUCGGAGAAUUCGGAUUACAAUGAAACAAAUGCAACGGAAACGAAUUACUGA